AUGACAGUACCAGCCAAGACCUACGCCCGCGUUUCGGCUCUCCUCGAGUGUUCGGAGCGCCAAAUUCGUCGUCUAUGGAAGAAAGCUCGUGAUGCGGUGAAGAACGGCAAGUUGUGCGAUGUGGAGAGCGGUAGGAAGGGGCGCUGUGGCAGAAAGUCUUGGGUAGAGGGCGAAUUCCCCCGAGAGCUCGCAGUGAAGAUCGCACUUACGCCGCUCCAUCUGCGAACUAACUUUCGAACUUUAGCGGAGCAACUCGGUAUCGCUAAAUCUACACUGCAUGUGUACUUACAAUCUGGGUUGUUUCGGAGUCAUCAUGCUCGACUAAAACCUCAACUCACGGAUGAACAGCGCGUCGCAAGGAUGAAGUUUGCGCUAAAGUUUGUGCAACCUUCUGCUCGUGGCAGACAUAAAUUUGUCUCUCUUCUAGAUUACGUAAUGUUUCUCGUCGCGAUUGCGCGCCCGCGGUGGGUGUCAGAGCAGAACACGGUCUGGGAUGGCAAAAUAGGCACAUGGCCUUUUGUGGUGUAUGAACCUGCGCAGCGAAAGAGCAAGAACAGAGCCGCUGGUACGCUUGAUCUCAAAACAUAUACUGUAGAUCGUGACAUUUACCGUGCUUGCCUGGUCCACUCGGUCAUCCCAGAGAUCAAGCGACUAUGGCCGUCUGGGAAGCGUUUCCACCUUCAACAAGACAAUGCAAGGCCGCAUGUCUUAUUAGACGAUGUGGCCGUGAUGGAAGCCUGUAGUGACAAAGGUUGGGACAUGAUCCUCACUGCUCAACCCGCUAAUUCGCCGGACUACAAUGUGCUAGACCUGGGCUUCUUUGCGUCGCUUCAGACACUGCAGCAUCGCAAAAACUCCCGCACGAUCGAAGAGUUAGUGAACAACGUCGAUGAUGCUUUCUGUGAGCUUCCUUACGAGAAUAUAGACCGCGUAUUCAUGACGCUGCAGUCGGUAUUCGAGGCUUUCCUCAAGGUAGACGGGGGUAAUAGCUACCGAAUUCCGCAUUAG